AUGUUCGCAGACGAGAUAGCCACCAUUCGCAAACUGGGCGUCACAGGAGUCCUGUACCAGCUCUACAACUUUCUCAAUGUCGUCGCAUCGGGACUGGUGAUGUGGAAGGCGCUCUGCCUCGUCACCAACUCGGAGUCCCCCGUCGUGGUGGUGCUUUCGGGUUCGAUGGAGCCUGCCUUCUACCGUGGCGACAUCCUCUUCCUCGCCAACCCACCCAACGCAAUCUAUGACAUUGGAGACAUCACAGUGUACAAAGUUCCGGGCGACGAGGCAGGUACUCCCAUCGUGCACCGCGUGAUCGCGUCGCACAUCACGAACACGACCCAGCUGCUGUUGACAAAGGGUGACGCCAACCCCUGGGACGACUACUCGCUGUACCGCGGCCCCGAGUGGCUGGACUCGCAUCAAGUGGUUGGCAGGGUUAAGGGCUUCCUGCCAUACCUUGGCUACGUCACGAUCGCCAUUAACGACUUCCCCCAGUUCAAGUAUGCGUUGCUUGGCAGUGUUGGCCUGUACCUCCUUGUAUCCAAGGACCACUCGUAG